AUGGCCACUUCUAUCGUUCGCCCGUCCGUUUCCGCUCUCCGGCAGAGCUGUCGAGUGGCCGCAUUCCCGCACAGGUCGCCCAUCACCGCGCUGAACGCCGUCCAACUACAGAAGAAAUGGUUCCAUGCUUCGAGCAAGAAGGAUAUUCUACCACCAUUGCCUCAGGUUGUUCAAGGAACCACUAAUGAUGCUGCUCCGAUUCCUCCUACCUCUCCCACUCACGGAAGCUACCACUGGACCUUUGAGAGAGUCAUUUCUGCCACCCUUAUUCCCCUAACAAUUGCGCCAUUCGCCUCUGGGUCGGUCAGCCCUGUCCUUGACGCCGUGCUCUGUGGUACCCUCGUUAUUCACUCUCACAUCGGUUUCCAGGCCAUGAUUGCCGAUUACUUCCGCCCAUGGCGUGUCCCUAAGACUGCUGCCUUCUUGAAGUGGCUCCUUCGCGGUGCUACGCUGGCUACGGCGGUUGGCCUGUACGAGUUCGAGACCAACGAUGUGGGUGUAACGGAGGCCCUUAAGAGGAUCUGGAAGGCGUAA